GGUAUAGGUGAUUAUUUAAUAGGAUACAGUUUUGGCAAAUUAGAAAACUAUUUUGACCAACCGGUACAAUCUGCUCCGGCACUAGGUAUAAUACUAGGUGAUCAAUUAGGUAAUGAAGAAAUAAAAAUACCCAAAGAGGACAUUGCAUACAAAUACUUUUGCAUACCCCAUGAAGGCAAACACUUACUUAUACCAGUUCUGCAUCACCUUUUCCACGUUUUUGAAAAUUAGAUUUAACAUUUAAAAUAUUAAGAAAUUUGAUACUGCUGUUUUUUUAUGCUAUUAUUACAGAUAUGGAGUUUUUGUUCAGCGAAGAAACCAUUGGCAUUGAGGCUCAGCAGCCAGUUGGCGACAAGGCAGUUGAGGAAUUGUUAAAAACGGUUUUAACAAACCAAGCAAAACUAUUGGAAAACCAGAAAAUAGUUAUGGACCAAUUCUUUCAUUUCGGCAAGCGACUAACUAAUUUAGAAAACAUAUUUAAUGAAAAUAAAAUCGAAGCCAGUGAGCAGCUUACAGAAUUUAAGACGGUGCGUGAAUGUAAGGUCUUACUCCGCAGGAUUCAUCAUUCUGUUUGUAAAAUGACUGGAGAAGAAGUGGAUGAAAUUCAAACGGAAAUAUCGUCCACAUUACCAUUGCAAACGGUAGCUGCAGCUGAAGAAUUUGAAAAAAAGCUGCUGCAACAAGAAUAUGUUGAAGCAAUGAAAACUUUACUUUUGAAAAUUAAGGGUCCUGAAACGACUGUUGACGAUUUGCUUCGUCAACUUUAUAGUGAUGAAAUGUUGUCGCUUUGCAACUGGGAUGGUAGGGGCAACAAGGAAGCAUUGUCCCAAUAUUCUCUUGUUUCGGACAUACUUUUUGAUAUUUUUCAGCUAUGCGGACGAACAACUUACGAGAAGAACAUUCGUAGGUCAAUUGAGCUUAGUCACCACCGUUUUAAGCAGCGAAAUUAUCGGCAGCGGAAUUUAAAUCCAAAAUAAUAUUUAACACUUAAUAUAUAUAAAAAAGUUAUAUGUAAAUAAAUUAUU